UCUCUGGGCAGCUCUUUGCCAGCGCCUUUCUCUAGGGAUGAAAUAAUAGGACUAAGUACUGACCUCCCUUGAGGAAGCUGCUUGUUCUAGUUUAGAGCCUCCCUCCCCUGCUCCUUCUGUGUCUCCCUGUCCCGCCGCUUUCCCACAGCAUUUCCUCACCGACUGACUGCACUUCCUUCCUUGCUCCCGGCCUGGAGUCUCUGAAGGCUUCCCGGAGGAAGUGUGGGACAGCAGGGCUGGCAGAAGCUGUGGGCUGAGCCGGACUGGGGGAGGAGGGCGUCUCUUGCUUUGCUCCCACCCCUGGGGAGGGUGUCCAAGUUUUAAGUAAGAACAUGGAUUGACUGUGCUCUGUACCUUGCCCUCUGCUGGGAGCCUCCUGGAAGCCCCCUCCACGAGGAGGUGAAGAGACUGGAUGAGCAAGAGUGAGCACUGGAUGCUCAAGAACUGUUGCAGAAUGUAAGCAGUGGGAUGCAAAACUCAGAUGUCUGGAAAGGCUUCACCAAGAAGCACGAUGUGAGAAAACAGGACUUAGAGGAGCCGACAGGGUAUGGUUUAGGGGCACUGGAAAUAGUUCAGGACAAAGAGACGUGGCAGGCCCCUGGGCAUCCUGGUGCCAUCAUGGCAGAGAAGGUGAACAACUUCCCACCGCUGCCCAAAUUCAUCCCGCUGAAGCCAUGUUUCUACCAAGACUUCGAGGCAGACAUCCCUCCCCAGCAUCUCAGCAUGACUAAGCGCCUCUACUACCUCUGGAUGUUGAACAGCGUCACGCUGGCCGUGAACCUGGUGGGCUGUCUCGCGUGGCUGAUCGGAGGCGGGGGAGCCACCAACUUUGGCCUCGCCUUUCUCUGGCUCAUCCUCUUCACACCCUGCUCCUACGUCUGCUGGUUUCGGCCCAUUUACAAGGCCUUCAAGACUGACAGUUCCUUCAGUUUCAUGGCAUUCUUCUUCACCUUCAUGGCCCAGAUGGUCAUCAGCAUCAUCCAGGCUGUGGGCAUCCCAGGCUGGGGCGUCUGCGGCUGGAUUGCCACCAUCUCCUUCUUUGGCACGAACGUUGGCUCCGCCGUGGUGAUGCUCAUCCCCACCAUCAUGUUCACAGUCGUCGCUGUCUUUUCCUUCAUCGCUCUCAGCAUGGUUCAUAAAUUCUACCGGGGUAGUGGUGGGAGUUUCAGCAAAGCUCAGGAGGAGUGGACCACCGGCGCCUGGAAGAACCCGCACGUGCAGCAGGCAGCCCAGAACGCAGCCAUGGGGGCCGCCCAGGGUGCCAUGAACCAGCCGCAGACUCAGUAUUCCGCCACCCCCAACUACACGUACUCUAACGAGAUGUGAGCCGCGGAGCCUCCCGGGAGGCAGGGCCGGGGCCAGUGGGCUGGGGCUCCAGCCACAGCGCGUGCUGAGGUGACCAAGCAGGGUUCCCUUUUCCUUUUCUCCGCCCCAACUUUGUACAGAGAAUCAGAGUUAUAUAUAUACACGCACACACACACGCACACACACACGUAUAUGUCUCUCCCUCCCCCCCACCUUCCGGACUCUGCUCUCGGCACCCCGAGAGCUGCGGGCUGCACGGGGGGGCUGUCCCGUGCGGUGGUAGCUGUGUCCGUGUCCCUUGUGAGUAGUGUGCCGUGGAGGUCUCUGUUGUCGUGGUGCUAGAUGUAUGUUUAGAACUAAACCAGCUCCUCACCCUCCACCGGACUGCCCGCUCUGAGCUUGGCCAGGGACCCGGCGUGGGGCGGGGGAGGCAUAGCAGAGAGCCUGGCCCCCUCCCCAGGGCUGUGACCUGAAACCCUUCCACUGUUGGUCUUACUGGGAAGCAGCAGUAUUUAGCACUCCUGGUGGGGGGAGA